AUGAAGCCAAAAAAGCUGCAACAAGGGUCAGAUUCGGCGCAUACCAGUGACACCGAAUCCACUAAAACGUGUGAAAAAACCGCGAAAAAGCUGCCAAAAACGCAGAAAAAGUUGCAAAAAUCGAAGAAAACGGCGAAAAAGCGGAGGGAUGAGGAAUUCCGCAUAUUUUUCCCGCCACCACGAGUAAAUCCGCCGAUUAAGACGCCUUUUCGGCUUCAUAACACGAAUUGUGAGCACAGAGACUGGAUUUCUGACAACCUCUGCCUUCCGAAAUACGCUUCAUAUCAAACUGGAUGGCGAAUUUCGCAUAAAUCGAUGAAAUCGCUGGUUUUAAUGGAUAAAAGACGGGCGGAAUGGCUCAAAAUGCACAAUUUGUACAGAAAAUCCGAAAUUCGCAAGGCUAUUUGGACGAUUGAACGAAAAGGAGCCAAAAAACUGGAUGAAAUGCCUGGAAAUUGGAGAAUUUCGCGAGAAAAAAGAAAUUCUCUGGAUUUACAAGAAUUUCCCAUCAAAAUCGAGCAAUUUCCAGUGAAAAAACGCGAAAAAACCGCAAAAAAUUGGCGAAAAAUCGCUGUUUUAGUGUGUUUCAAGCGGAAAACGACGACGAAAAAUCGAUAUCUCCGCCGUCCAAAAACGAAAAACCAACGAAAAAUCGAAUUUCGCCGCCCGAAAACCUCGAAAAACCGAAAAUUGCGGCUGAAAAUUCGCCCGAGAGUUCGAUUUAUCGAUCGAAAAUUGAUUCGAAGACGGGAAUGCCUCGUGGAUCCGCAGAAUCUGAUCUCGUGGAUUCGGAGACAGGAAAAAGCGGAAAAUUUGAGGAUUUUCCAGGAAAAACAAAAACGACUCCAGGAGCAACAAGAAGACGCCGAAUGGGAGCAAAUUGAAGCUCAAAGAGCCAAUUCUGAUGACGUCAUCGAGGAUAAAUCGCUGAAAAUGGAAGUUUUGGACAUUGUUAAGCAUAAAAAUCGAAAUUGGAUAGUUGUGGAGAAAAAAGGAUGUGAAAUUCAGGGAAUGGAGUAUUUAUUAGUAUUGGAAUCCGAAUUCAAUGAGCAACAAACCGUCCGUUAUGACCGCCAAAAUGUGGAUCACAAAUUUCGAAAAAUGCGUGAUGAAAAGAAGGAAAUUGUGGAAUUUGUGUCGAGUUUACCGUUUUAUAAGCCCAAACCGCCAAAAAUCAAUUAUCCAACGAAUGCCGGGGAAUAUGAAGAGCAAGAGAUUGAGCUUGAACGUCGACGGCUUGAAGAGGAAGAAAGAGAUCAAAAUGAUAAGAAAUUGGAGAUUGAAGACCGAAAUCACUUUAAAAAAUGGCAAAAACGCCGGAAUUUGAUAAAAAUCUACCGAAACUCGAUUCGCCGUGAAAUUUGGCGGCGCCGGAGAGGAAGAAAUUCCACUGAAAAUUCCGAUUCGGAGAGCUCAUCAGAAGCCUCGGAGCCGCCCGAUGACGUCAUCACAAAGGAAGAGCCGACGGAUUUUUCAGAGGAGAAUUUAGUGAAAAAAGAGGAAAUUUGCGAUGAUUUUGAGCACAAAAUUGAGGAGGAUGUGAAACCUGAUGUAUAUAAACUAAAUAUUAAUAAAAUGAUCUCACCACCGUCGCCACCACCGAAAAAAGGCAUUCUACUGAAAAAAGAUACGAAAAAACGCGGCGAAAAACGCGUCAAAACUGUACAAUUUAAACUAACAAAACGCCAAAAACUGGCAAAACUCUGGAAACCGCCAACUUGGCAAAUUCGGCAGAUUUUACGGGCCGCAGCUGAUGCCAAAGGGUAUAAGAUUCGCUCGGGCCGAUCACGCUACAAUGAGAAAAUCCGCCGUCUGAAUCAUUUCAACGGACAAAAACUGGGCUUCAAGUCGGCUCCAACUCGAAUUGACACUUUUGAGAAAGGAAUCGACGUUCGCGAGCAGCCAAUUCCAUUUGUUGAGGAAUUUGUGCUCGAUGAUCAUGCUCUGCUCACUUUUGCAAGCUUUGAUGACUUGAAAGCCUACGAAGAAGCCUACUCGCUCCGCCAACAAGAUGUAAUCGAUGAAUUUUGGCGCCACCAAUGCCUGAAAAAUAUCGAAAGUUUCGAGAAAGAUGACGUCGAACGUGCUGAAAUGCGCCAUGAAAUUGAAAAACUCGAGACGGAAAUGCGAUGUCAAAAAAUGAAUGAAAAUGCCGAAAUUGAUCAGGAAAAUAUUGAAUCUUUCGAGACUGCUGGACGACAAAUUGAGAAUAUUAUUAAGAAUACCGGCGAUUGUGCAUUCGAAACACUCGAAGAGUACUUCUCGAUAAGUGCGGAUUUCGAGAAGAAUGAAGAGCUCCGAGCCGAAGAAGAGCAACUGGAAAUUGAGAUGGAGCACUGGGAACGGGAGUUGGAAGAGAUGAUUGACGUGAUUAAACGCGAAUUUUCCAUUGAAAAUCUAAUGAUGAGAAUGCUGAAAAACCGUCACCUGCUCACAAUGCGGCUUGUCGUCUCAGGAACCAACCAAUCAUCCAUUGACCGCGAGAAUCUGCUCCGGAAAACCAAAAAACUACUUGAAGAGCUCAAAAACCUGAGAAUCGCCGCUCAAAAUCGCCUAAAAAUCGAUUUUGAUCGCAAUGAGCGAAUGCUCUAUCGACUUCGAAAUGCGAAACAAAAAGCGGCGAAAAGAGCCCGGAAAUUGGUGAAAAACUGGAAGAAAAGUGCACAAAACAAAAGCGGCGUGCUGAAAAUCAACGGAAAUCAUGUGAUUAACCACGACGUCGUCGUGAAAAAGUGGAAAGUUGAGCUGAAAAUUGAAGGAAAUGGCGAAAGUCCGAGAAAAGUUGUGAGAAAGGCGAAGGAAACGUCUGGUUAUUGGGAUUUUCGAUGGAAUUUCACGAAAUUUGCAUGGAAAUCUGAUGUUUUGAAGAGAAAACAGAGAUUUGGGAAGCACUCAGCUCGUCGAGCUAUCGCUUUUGGCGUCAAAAUCGAAGAAAUCCACUCGGAAACUGAGUUCGAGAAACUUCUAAGCGAAUACGUCGAGUACGAAGAGUCGGACAUUCAGAAUCAAGUAUCGAUUGAUCGAAAAAUCGAUAUAAUCACGAAAAUCAAGACGAUCACACUGAAUGAUGUACGGGCGAAGGCGAUCGAAAUGCAGAAACAAAUUGUGGAGAAGGCGGUGGAUUUGAUGAUAAAAUCGCGAUUGGACGAGGCAGCGAGAGAACAUCAAGAAUGGUUGCAGAGUGAUGAGUGCAAGCGUGAAAAUCAGCUCCGUCAACGUCAGCAAAACUUUUUUGAUCUGACGUCAUCGUCGCCGGCCACGUCAUCAUUUGUGACGACACAAGUAGUUGUUCCACGUCUUACACAUCUCGAGGAACGGCUCAUCGAGUUGGGUGUCGAGCACGAAGUUGUGCAGCAUACGCAGAGAUUACAGUCGGAAUUUGAGAAUUAUCAUCAUCUCCAGCAGCAACAUAAUCAUCAGAAUUUCCAACAACAACAACAGGGAAAUCACGAUUUUGUGACCCCGAAAGCCCCACAGGACAAACAAAAACGGAAAUAUACAAAGCGAAAAGCUCUUCUCAACACAGCAGUGGCUUCUUCGUCGGAUCAAAACGGCAUGAAAAGUCCCGGUAGUUCGGCGAUGGAAAAUGCUGCCGCUGCGGCCCAGGCUGCUCAGGCCCAGGCGCAGGCAACAAUACCUACACCUACAGUAAACCUACCAGAUGUUGUGGCAAUUGCCGCUGCGGCGGCAACCGCCCAACCGUCGGCCGCCGCCGCCAAACGCCCGGCCAGUGAAACACCGCCAAAUGGGCUGCCAAAAGUCCCAAGACACGAUGAGCAACAGCAACAACAAAAUAAUGCACAUUCUAUUGUGAUGGGCGCUCGAGAGGGAUUUUUAGCAAUGAACCCAUCUCUGGCGGGCCACGUCUUCCCAGCGAGCUCAGCGUCAACUUCGGGAGCUCCGGGAGCCCACUCAGCAACCACCAGCGGAGGAGCCGGCCUAAUCGGGAUCUCAGCAGCAACUCAGGCUCAACUUCAAGCUCAACAGGCUGCUCAGGCCGCCGCCGCAGCAGCAGCAGCAGCAGCUGCUCAGGCGACCCAAUCUCUGUACAUUAAUACAUCAGUUGCUCCGGGAGCACAAGCAGCUUCUGCUCAAGGUGGCGGCGGUGGUCAAGUGGUGGCUGCUCAACAAUCAAAUCAGGCGGCAACAGCAGAAGCUAUUCGCCUACUUCAAGGCCUUCCACCAUUCCUUACUGCUGGAAGUGGCUCGGCUGGAAUUCCGUACUUUUCGGCCCUUUCCCAGCAGCUCAAUCAGUUGGGAGCAGCGGCUCCGGGAGCUCCUGGAACACUGAAUGGGCUUCAAUUUCCGGCAAAUGCGGCGCUUGGGCCACAACUUGCCGGAGCAGCAUUGCUCGCCGCUGUGCCAGGUGCUCAGCAACAGAUUAAGAGACCCGGUCGCUGGAGUGGAAUGCAUGUAAAAAUUGCGACCGACAUUCAGAACUACAAGCAAUCACAGGAGAAGAAGCUUCCGACGGAUAUUCAAUCCACGUCAUCAUCAUCGGCUGCGCCUGCUUCGGCUCCGGCUCCGCGAGCCGGUGCCGGUGCCGGUGCCACAUCAUCAUCGGCCGCAUCAUCGUCCACCUCAACACCAUCAUCAUCUUCCCAUCACAAAAAAUCAUCACCACCGCAUCAUCAAAAAUCGGCGGCUCCAUCGGCUCCGCCGCGUGACGUCACUAGUGCUCAUGCUCCGCCUCCGCCGGCAUCGUCGGCUCCGAUUGUUGGAGCUCCGAGGCAAGGAGCCACUCCGCAGGCUGCUCCCGCCACUACGCCUGCAACAACGUCGCAACAUCAACAAUCGAUUCAAUUCUCCCAAUUUCCGCCACCACAGUUAUCGGGCGGUGCAGCGUAUGCUGGAAACCCGCAGCUCAUGGCGGCUGCAAUAAAUGAAGCAACGCGACGUGUUGCUGCAACACCGAAACCCCCAGUAGUCCGUCCACCGUCUGCAGCCACUCAACAACAGCCAGUAUCAGUCACAUCUCAAGCUUCUCAACAACAGCAACAAUUUCAACAAAUUCAGCAGCAACGGGCGGCCGCAAUUGCAGCGGCCGCCGCUGCCACGUCACAACAGGCUCCACCGGCUCAGGCUUCUCAGGCCACGUCGGCGGCUCAGCAAAUUGCGACGAGCAUGGGACUGCAGCCGGCUCAAGUGACUGAUUUAGUGAAUCAACAUGCACAACAAUAUCUUUUACUGCAACAACAACAACAACAACAGCAAAGAGAACAGCAGCAACAGCAGCAGUUGCAGGCUCAACAAGUUCAACAGCAGCUGAUUGCUCAUUUGCUCGGUGGAGGUCAUCAGGCUCAACAGGCGGCUCCGGCGGUUUCAGUUGCUCAGCAACAGCAGCAGCAGGUUGCCGCCGCCGCUGCUGCUCAACAACAACAUAAUGCACAAUUACAGAAUAUUAUGAUACUUACGGCGCUCCAACAACAAAUGGAACGCGGAGCAGCUGCCGGUGCCGCCGCAAGCCUUCCCUAUCAGCUACAACUGGCCCAAGCCCAAGCCCAAGCCCAAGCCCAACAGGCCCCGCCAACGUCACAACCAUCACAAGCCGCCACUCCACAGCAACAGCAACAACUAGACCUGAUAAGACAAAUGGAGGCAGUGGCUCAGGUACAGCAGGCACAUGCUCAGGCACAGGCGCAGGCACAGGCACAGGCACAACAAAUGCAGCAACAACAGAUUCAACAAAUGCUUAUGGCAGGCCAAGGCGGACCGAAUGGCCAAGAUCUUAUUCGUCUGCUUCAGGCGGCUCAGCAACAGUCACAGGCUCAACAGCAGCAGCAGCAGCAACAGGCCGUGGUGGCGGCGGCUCAACAGCAACAACAGCAGCAACAACAUAACCAACAACUCGCAGCCGCCCAAGCAGCCGCCGCAGCUGCAGCAGCCGGCCGUCCAACUCAAAAUCAAUACGAAGCACUGCUCCAGCAACAACGACUGCUCGCCGCUCAACAACAAGCCGCCGCCGGCGCCAGUGCUCAGCAACAGGCCGCCGCAGCAGCCGCCCAGGCUCAAGCUCAACAAUUCCAGCAGCAACUGCUCGGUCUACAGCCAAAUUUGCUCCUGGCCCAAGUCCAGCAGGCUCAACAGGCCCAGGCUCAGGCUCAGGCCCAGGCCCAGCAAAAGCCGCCGCAAAUGCCGAAUGGACGAUGAUUCGAUUUUAUCGAUUUUUUUUUUGAUUUUUUUCUUGUGUUCCCGGUUCGCUGACCUCUUAGUUUUUCACCAUUUUUCUCUCUGAAAAUCUCAUUUUUCCGCCCAAAGAUCCUCUUGAUUUAUCGAUUUAUCGAUUUUUUUUUUGCCCCAAUUUCUCAUCGACACGCCCCAUUUUUCUUGUUUUUUUUUCAAUCACAAACAUUUCCUGAUUAAUUAUGAUGAAGAAUUUAUCGAUUUUA